AUGGCGUCCGACCUGCCAGAGGUGCCUGAUGCACCCAACGUGUUUCUUGAAGCACUGCAAGACGAAGAGAUUGCCGAUAUGCUUCAAUACGAAGCAGACCGACGCAGAGUGAAAGGAAGUCGGCCUGCCAUGCACGAGGAACCUCUGCGGGUUCGUUCCAUUGCCGCUUCAACUGUUCUUGCUGCUGACACAGAAGAGUCAGCAACUGGUAAUCAACUCACUAAUUUUGGAAUGAAGGCAGAGGUGCUAACACUCCAAGAAGAUCUUGCCGUACCUCGAAAGACACUGCCAACGAAGGGCGCAGGGAAACGGCGAGCCAGUGCCGAACGCUCUUUGAGCAAGCGAGCAAAACGUCAGUCGCGACGCUCUCGAGAAGGCGAGUGCCCGUUCGCCAGCGAUGCCGAACCCGAAAGCUCCGUGCCUGCGACUGCCUCUUCGAGACUUCUUGCAGAGGAAUACCCCAUCGCGAUACUGCCUCAGGAUAGCGAGUGCCCGUUUGCCAGCGAUGCCGAACCCAACUUCUCCGUGCCUGCGACUGCCUCUUCGGAACUUCAUGCCAAGGAAUACCCCAUCGCAAUACUGCUGCCUAUUCAGGAUGGUCGCAACGUCGUCAUACGCAACGGCAUCCCUGCCCAGCUCACGAAACUGCUUCGCGAUGAAGUCAAAAAAUGCCUCACGACCCAAUUCUGCAUUAGAGCUUGGAACGAUGCCGACCACGAAGAUAACGCUCUUUGCAUGCUUACCGCGGCCUAUGGAUUUAUCCGCUCCUAUCUUGUCCCGAAGGGUCAAGGUGCGUCCAGAGCGUGCGUUGUCUGCUGCACAAGUCCCGGGGAGAGCGGUCCAAUCGCCCCAAGGCCUUGCGUCAUGCUACGGGCGGAUGCAAAGGGGGAGUACAUACUAUGUCUGCCCUUGCCAGAGUAUUUGCGAGUGGGAAAGGGGUGGAAAGAGAGGGGUUUCUGGGUGAAUGAGACGCCACAAGGUCCUUUCCCCCGGUUCGAUGCUUUGCGCGCGUGA